CGCAGUCGACCUUUUUCACCACUUAAAUUAUGUUUACUUAUUCCUCCGACGACUUUCGCCCACCGAGUUUGGACCAAAUUCACAAACUGAAUCAUGGACAAGAAAAUUUUGGAAUAUUUGAACACUACAAACAGAAGCCCAGGUCCGGCGGCGUACAAUAUCAAUUCGACAAUUGCUCACCAAGGAAAAAUUCAGGACCCGACUAUCGAACAACCUCCAGUGUACACUUUAACUGCGAGAAAAAUGAUCGCUACGAAACCCCUGGGACCUGGACCUUACGACACGUCAGGAUUCAAUAGGUACGGUAAAGACACGGCGCCUGGUGUGCUAUUCGGAAAUCCUGCGCCAAAAAUACGUGCCCAGGAGACGCCGGGCCCGAGCGACUAUUGUCCAGUGUAUCCCAAAAAGAUCCCGGGGUUCAAGAUGGCGCCAUGGCCGUCGACCACAGACAGGCGACAACAAGACGCUAAGAAGAGAGAUUCACCGGCGCCCAACGCGUACAAUAUACCAAGCACACUCAACGGCCCAGCCAUCCACAUAAGCCACCGGUUGAAGUCCAAGGCUCCGGAGGUCACGCCUGGGCCCAACCAUUACGAAUUCGUCAAACCGGACGUCUACAAGAAAUCUGCACCCAGACAAUCAAUGGGCUGUCGAUUGUAUAACAAAACUAGAGAUCUCCCAGGUCCGGCCAAUUAUGACAGUGCAUAUUGUGCAUCUAGGCCUACCACCAGAAGUGGCAUGACGUUUGGCAUCAGAGUCAGCGAUAAGAUAGGUGUAUUCGCAGUGCCAAGUGCGGUGUGGCGUCAGCAAAAACGGAAUACCGUCUUGGGCAACACCACUCUUUGGAAAUGGAAUAAAAAUAAAGAAACGACGGGUACAUUAGUUUCUCCUUCGUCGUUGAAAUUGUUGGCCAUCAAUCGUUUGGCGUCAAGGAUUGUGCCCAUAAAACUCGGUGUGCGAAGAACUAUAUAA